AUGGCACAAAAGCGACUGAUGAGCGAGUUGCAGACGCUGCAGAAGGAGAAGUGGGUGCACAUCGAGGUCGACGAGAGAAAUGUUAUGUCCUGGAAGAUUGGCCUCAUGGUCGUCAACCCUGAUAGCGCCUUUAAUGGCGCCUAUCUCAAGGCCGACAUGACUUUCCCUCGCGACUACCCCUAUGCCCCGCCAACCUUCCGUUUCCUGAACAAGAACAUCUACCAUCCCAACAUUUACACCGACGGCAAGCUCUGCAUCUCCAUCCUCCACACACCUGGCGAAGACGAGCAGUCAGGCGAGCAGGCCUGCGAGCGAUGGUCCCCUCUCCAGGGCGUCGAGUCGGUCUUGCGCUCGGUGCUGCUGCUUCUGGAUGACCCCGAGAUCAACUCUCCCGCCAACGUCGACGCGAGCGUUCUGUUCCGUGACAACCGACAAGAAUACGAAAAGCGAGCCCGGGAGACGGUCGAGAAGUCCAAGAAGGACAUUCCUCCCGGCGUGACGUUCCCCACGACGGCGGAUCUGGAGCCGGUGCCCCAGAAGACCAUGGACGACGACGCUUUCUGGAACGAGACGGAUGAUGAGGGCGACUUCGAUCUGGGCGGCAGCGACAGCGACUUUGACAUGGACGAGUACAACGAGGACGAGGACGACGAGGAUGACGACAAGCCCUGA